GCGGGUGUAAAGACAGGUGAGAAGGGUGUGCCACGGAAAAGUUGAAGUAAACGUGGGGCUUUUACUGCUGUGUCACGUUUGUUCGCCGAGGGGGUUAUCGCUGGUGUGCAAACGGAUGACACGUUGCUCGUAAUAGGUCUUCUCAUGAGAUGUAAAAAAAAAUUAAUACUUUUUACUCAUUCGCUCCCUUUUAGGUAUCAAAUAUUUCUGGGGUGUGGAAUGCUAAGGUCUAUGAAAUCAGUCCGUGUUACAAGGAACUGGUAAAAAAGAAAAGCCCCAAAUACGCUCACAGCGCUUGAAAACUUUUAGUAUGAAAGAUGUAAAUAUAGUCGAAGCUUUGUAGAUCUUGCAGCCCUUGCAGAGUAUUUAGAUGAUACCAAAGCGGUUUCUUGCAUCAAUAGGAGAUUGACUGUAAGCUGAAUCAUACCCUACAUGCCAGUUGUACCUUUUUAACGGGAAUUUGGCUUAUCAGUUGUGAAAAAAUGAGAAAAGUCUAUAAUGCAAAAUUAAACAAUAUGGUUAUCGUUUCAUAAAGGAGUCCUGAAAACAAUGCAGAGCUGCCAAAAAGAUUGCAACAGUGUGCUUAGAAAUUGAAUUUCUCACCAAUUUCAAAGAGGGAUGUUAAAGAGUUAAACCACUAAUUUGCAUAUGUAUUUAUGCCAGGUGUAUUCAUUUUGAAUCUGUAGAUAAUAAUUUGUGAAUUUAUCUUAAAGAGCUUACAGGUCUGUAGCUUUUGCAAGUAAAAUGUUCAUGAUAAAAUUUUGGAAUAGCAACACUAUCAUUUUUAUGAUAAUUUAUCACAAAGUGGCAUAAAAUGAUAUAAUGUGAUGACUUUUUAAAACAAUGCAGAGAUAUUUUGGUGCCAGGGUAAGCUUUUUAUAUAAUAGGUGCCAGGGUAAGCUUUUCAAAAGAGCUUAUAUGCGCUUCGUAAGCAUGAAUUGAGCUGCAGAUUUUAUAGGGCUAUGUGCUUUUCUGUUCCCAGGCAUUUCUGAAAGCCCCUGUGCAGAAGAGCAAAUCUGUAACCGCUCCUAGUGUAAAUGAAGCCAAGGGCCUAUUGAAUACCUUCUGAGAUAGGGAAUGGUCACGUGUCCUGGUGUGUUCCUGCCAGAGAAACAUGACGUUUAUCUCAGUGUGUGCAUCUUGGGUCAAUACAGAGAGACGGAAUGCCUUCCUCCUGUUUUCCCUCUCUUGUUUCAUGAGAAGAUGUUGUUUGAAAAGGUCUUUGAAAGUGCUGUAGAUCCUGCUGCUGUAACUGAGAUGCUUGAAAGUAAUGUAACGAAGUUUGAAUUAACUCAGCUUGUAUCUUCAGCAGGAGAUGACCUUGCAUUUUAUGAAGAGAAUACUCGAGAUUUUCUGUUCCCAGAGCCUAAGCUGACUCCUGCAUAUCCUGGUGUGGACAGAGAAUUAUUGAUGAAAACGUCUUCUCAUUUCCCAGCUGUACUGUUCAUACAGCUUCCUGAACAAAACAAAGUCCGUUUGGGAAUAGCACCAAAAAUAGAGUUUUCCACAAGAACAACCAUUACAGAGCUUCCACUUCAGUGCAGAGGGAAGAAUUACGCUGAAAACAGAACAAGGAAUCAAAGAUCUGCGUCUGCAUCGCCCAAACGAAGGAGCAGGUCAUUAACACAAUGCAAGACAUCAAUGAAAAGGGAUAAGAUCUACAAAAGGCAUACAAGGUCAUUAAAAUCAAAGGCUCCUUCUCCAAACACUAGAAACCACUUAUGUGAACUUUCCAGAGAGAACCAGCAGCAGCUGUGCAGACUGAGCCGGGAGUCUGCUGAGUGCAAAUCAGAAAAUGAGAACAGGCCACCAUUUGUAGUCAGACAUGUGGACAGUUCCAAAUCAUUCAGUGAAGUAACCGCACCGUUGUCUUACUGUAAUGUGAAGAAAAGUGCAAGAUCAGGAAGAGAUUCUCUUAAAUUUCAUGUGAAACGAGCUUUAACUUUUGAUAACUGUGAAACAUCAAAUACCUCAGUUAAGAUUAUCAGGGAACCAGCUGAACAGGCUACUUCUGAACAUGAUUCAUCAUCUCUUGAAACAGAUGAACUUUUCAGUUACCCACAGUGUUCUUCCAGUUGGAGGCAUUCAGCUUUUCACCAUGCAGCUUCAUCUGCUACCUCCCAACACCAGAAGUCACUGCGUCCUGUUCAAAGUCCUUCUCCUCUUCAAUACAGGUUGUAUUCCGGUGUGGAUUUCAGCUGGGAGAAAAUCAAUGAGCGGGUGCGGAGUCUCCUCACCUCAGCCCAGGCCAGGCAGCGGCUUUCCUCUGGACUUACUGAGAAUGAAAUUGAUGAUGUCCUUGAAAGAAGGUCUGUCGCUUUGAGAAAUUCCCUGCCUAAUGACUCAGGGGAACGAAGCUAUUGCUAAGUAGUUAUUAUCAGAAAGGUGGCUCAGUGACUCCUGGAUACUGAUCUGAAGAACACGCUGAGACUGAUGCCUCUAUUCCAGCUGAGCAGUGGUUUGGUUUUUUUGCUAUUGUAUUAUACCUCUUUCUCAAAGUAAGACUUCUGUGCUGUCUGAUGCUGGAUACGAAUGUCUGAUUAAAUGAUUACCUGUAGGCUCAAAUAUAAUUCUCACAGAUGUGUGAACUUACUAGCUUAAUAGUAAUGCGAAGGCAGGUCUUUGAGUCUUGUCUCCGGUCCCUACUUUCUCUGGGUUUUGCACUUAGAAUUACCGCUAAAAAUUUACAGCGCUGGAAAUGGUGAUCUGAAAGGGUUACAUUUCUCAAUGUAUGUUCAUAAAAAUAGAAAAGGCCGUUUACUUGCUUAAUUACUGUCAUACAUUUCUCCGUCUUGAAAAAAACUAGCUGAAAUGAAUCUUUAAUACAUAUACUUGAAACAGCCCCUUUAAUAAAAUAUUUUGAACA